GCGUUAGCCAAUGGGAAAGGGCGGUACUGUGUCUGGGCCUGUCGGGACCGGAGCCGCGGGGAUGGCCUCCGGCUUUUCGAAGGCCCCGCUGGGAGCCGCGUCCCAGAGGAAGAAAGCGAGUCCCAAGCUGGAGCUGACGGAGGAGCAGAGGCAGGAGAUCCGGGAGGCGUUCGACCUGUUUGACACGGACGGCACCGGGAACAUCGAUGUCAAGGAGCUCAAGGUGGCCAUGAGAGCACUAGGGUUUGAACCUAAAAAAGAAGAGAUCAAGAAAAUGAUAUCAGAUAUUGAUAAGGAAGGAUCAGGAAAAAUCAGCUUCAACGACUUCUUGGUAGUGAUGACACAGAAAAUGGCUGAAAAAGAUUCCAAAGAGGAAAUCCUCAAAGCUUUCAAACUCUUUGAUGAUGACGAAACUGGCAAAAUCUCUUUCAAAAACCUCAAACGUGUUGCCAAAGAACUGGGGGAGAACCUCACAGACGAAGAGCUGCAGGAAAUGAUCGAUGAAGCAGAUAGAGAUGGGGAUGGGGAAGUGAAUGAGCAGGAAUUCUUGCGGAUCAUGAAGAAGACCAGCCUUUACUGAAACAGAAUUUUAUUUAUUUUUGCACAUAUGUAUAUACGUUUGGUAGGUGCCUCACUUUUUUACGGUCUUUUAUUUCUUUUGAGACAGGAGAAAGUAUAGGUCAAUAUUUUGAAGUGGAUGAUCUUCUGUUUGUGAACAGUUACCAGCUGCUAAACUCUACGUGUAGCACCGCGGUGGCUUGUUUGUGCUCGUAAGAUGGUCGCACUCUUUGUUUUCAAUACACAAAUCACAUUUUUCAGUG